GCUGACGUUACCCGCUCUCACCUUUUUGUUUAAACCUUCAACCCAUUUCUUCCAGGUCUACGGUAUCACAGCCACAGGUUCGGCAUGGCUUCUCCGAUGCAAGCAGUUCAGCCGGGGCGGGUCCGGGUUCUGAAGCACGCGGCUGGACCGCCUCCGGCAGUAGCCGGUCCGGUGGUGUACUGGAUGUUCAGGGAUCAACGGGCGAGAGACAACUGGGCAUUAAUCCACGCCGUUGAUCAGGCUAACAGGGCCAAUGUCCCUGUAGUGGUUGCGUUCAAUCUGUUCGAUCAGUUUUUAGGCGCCAAAGCGCGGCAGUUAGGGUUUAUGCUCCGAGGCCUCGAGAAGCUCGCUCACGAUCUCCAAUCGACUCUGGAUAUCCCUUUUUAUCUAUUCCAGGGAGAGGCUAUAAUCACAAUUCCUGACUUCAUGAGAAAAUGCGGCGCAUCUCUUUUGGUAACAGACUUCUCACCAUUAAGAGAAGUAAGGAGCUGGAAAGAUAGGAUCUGUGAGGCGGUAGAUGGUUCUGUGACGAUUCAUGAGGUUGAUGCGCACAAUGUGGUGCCCCUUUGGGUGGCAUCUGGCAAAUUGGAGUACGGAGCUAGGACUUUGAGAUCCAAAAUAAACAAGCUUCUCCCAGAAUAUCUCGUUGAAUUCCCUACUAUAGGACCUCCAAUGAACAACAAAAGAUGGGCCCUUCCAAUCCAUUCGAUAAAUUGGGAACAGCUUAUUGCAGAUGUAGUCAGGAAAGGAGCAGAAGUUCCUGAACUUGAAUGGUGUGUACCAGGUGAACAAGCUGCAAUGGACGUACUGAUGGGAAGUAAACAUGGGUUUCUAACAAACCGAUUGAGGAAUUAUUCCACUGAUCGGAAUAACCCGUUAAAACCAAAGGCACUCUCUGGUCUAUCCCCUUAUUUACAUUUUGGACAGAUAUCAGCACAAAGAUGUUCACUAGAGGCACGCAAAUUUCAGAAAAGUUGUUCCAAGGCAGUUGAUACUUUUCUAGAGGAAUUGAUCGUGCGAAGAGAACUUGCUGAUAACUUCUGCUAUUAUCAGCCUCAAUACGACUCAUUACUUGGAGCUUGGGAUUGGGCACGUAAAACCUUGAUGGAACAUGCAACUGAUAAGCGUGAACAUAUUUACACUCGAGAGCAGUUGGAGAAGGCACAGACUGCAGACCCACUUUGGAAUGCUUCUCAGUUAGAGAUGGUUCACUAUGGAAAGAUGCACGGCUUUAUGAGGAUGUAUUGGGCUAAAAAGAUCCUUGAGUGGACAAGUGGGCCAGAAGAAGCUCUAACAAUAGCAAUAUAUUUGAAUGACAAGUAUGAAAUUGAUGGAAGGGAUCCAAGUGGCUAUGUCGGUUGCAUGUGGUCAAUUUGUGGCGUACAUGACCAGGGUUGGCGAGAGCGGCCAGUUUUUGGGAAAAUUCGGUACAUGAAUUUUGCAGGCUGCAAAAGGAAAUUCGAUGUGGAUGGGUACAUCGGAUACAUCAAGAGGUUAGUAGCCGAGAAAAAGAAAAGAAAAGUGGAAUCGUUGCUGAAUGACAAGAUCAACGAACUCCAUGGCUAGCUUUUUUAGUGAUUUUUAUCUGAAAUAGCUAUAAUAUUAAUGCUGUACUAACAUCAAGGACAAGUAGUGUAUAGAGUGUUGAAAGACAUCAAUAUUUGCUAUCCACAAUCAAAUGUUAUCUUCCUAGUUCGACAAAACUUCUCAUGGACUUCCAAUUUCUGCAUAAAUGGAAGCAAAUUUAUAUUCAUACGACUCGAGAGUUUCAAACAAACAUUUGUCUAUGAUAAGAGGUAAAAUUAAAUGGCUAACACCAUUCACUUAAAAGACCUAAUGGGUGAGAUCUUGAGUUGGAAUAGGGUAAUUCUAAACACACCCCGUUUUUUAUCUAAUCACAGCCCAAAUUAAUUAAUUUUCCAAACUUACCCUUAGGCUUGGUGGCUGUCUAAAUUCUCAAGAGUAAUACGGAGUACUUCCAUCAUCUCCUAAGUUGCUUCCAUUAGUUCCAUAUCCCCUUCCUUUAUUAUCCGCACACAGCUCCAGCUCGCCCGACAAGGUUGCUAACAUAAUCGUACAACUAUUUCUCUUAGUUUUAUGAAUUGAAAUUUGACUUCCAAUUCAAGAGGAAAUAAGAGCUAAUUUAAGUAAUAUACAUCCAAGGCAUCCAAGGCGGUAAUCAAAAUCUUUCCGAUGGAGAUCUGGCUCCAAUGUGUAGAUGAAAAAAAUUCCCAUCUCACUUCUAUAGAUCAUCAUGAUUUUCCUCCACCCUAUUGAUUACUUCCCAUGCUUGUCAUCAUCUUCUUCCUCCAUACAUUCUCCAUCCCUGCCGCCGGACACCCAAAACUGGCUUCUUCCUCCACCGCAUCCUCUUCCUCCACAGCUUCCCGGGCUCUCUUAAAAUCUGACCCUGAUGAAGAUGCCGCCAUGAAAUUUCACCUAGCCAUGGCGGCAGCGAUGCCAAGUUCGGGUUCCUUUGACGGCGUCGGCGGCGCUCCACCGCUCCCAGAAGACAUCUUCACGAUGAAUGCAUCAAUGUAAUUGGUAGUUUGGAGUAAAUGGACGACUUCAUAAAUGAA